AGCCAAGGGCAACAAGGGCACCGGUGUGGUCCAUGACUCCAUGCUCCAUGCUCCAUGCCAUGGGCUGCGCAGCAGUUGGCGGCGCAAAGGUGAGCGAGCGAGCGAGAGCGCCCGAUGAAUCUGGCCCGCGUCGUAUGACAGGCCGGUCGACUGGGCGGGGGGUGCCGAGCUUGGCGUGGUGCCGGGGCGGUACGAGCAGUGGACGAUAUUGAGACGAGGAGACGAGAAGACGAGAAGAGGAAAAGACACCCCCUGUCGGUUGGUCCCUGAAGAGAGAGUCGACUCCUCCUCUUCCCUCUCUCUCUCUCUCAAUAUGGUCCCCGGCUGCGUGGCAGUGGACGUGGCAUGGGACAUUGGCGACGAAGACGACGACGACGGAGCCAACGGGAGAGACAAGAGACAAAGUGUGUGUGUGUGUGUGUGUGUGUGUGU